AUGCCCCCCGCACAAGCAACACCCGAUACUGCGCGAGCUCCCAAGAAGGCCGUCUUCGUCACCGGCGCAAACGGUUACAUCGGCUCUGCAGUCUGCCGGGCAUUCGUCCGCGCCGGGUGGAAGGUAUACGGUCUUGUCCGACGCCCCGAAGCUGGCAAAGCACUCCAAGCCGAGGAAGUCACCGCUGUCGUGGGCUCCAUCUCAGUAGACCUCGCUUUCCUGGAUGAAUUAUUGGAGGCUCGCAACACGCCAGUAUUCGACGUCGUCGUCUCGUGCACGGAGCAAGUCCCCUUCGACACCCACUACGGACACCUCCUAGAGCUGUUCGAGAAAAUAGCCGACUGCGCCCAUAGGGCGAACGUCAAGCCGCUCGUACUGAUGUCCUCCGGCUGCAAGGACUACGGUACUACCGGCGUACACGGAUCCCCCAACCUCAAACCGCAUACCGAGGAGUCGCCCCUGGACCCACCCGCGGUCCUGAAGGAGAGAACAUAUUGCUGCCUCAAGGUCUUUGAUCACCCCGAACUGUUCGAUGCGGCGGUCCUGCGUCCGACCAACGUCUACGGCUACGACAGCAGCUACUACGGUGUCAUCUUCGAGGCCAUGAAGGCCGGCCAAGGCCGCACGAAAGUCGAUGUACCCGGUGACUUUGAAACCAUCCUUCACGGGUGCCACGUUGACGACUGCACCGAGGCAUACGUCGCACUAGCUGAGCACGCUACCCGCAGCGAGGUGACCGGCGAGUGUUUCAACAUCUCGUCGCACCGCUACGAGACCCUGGCAGACUUCGCCAGGGCCUUGUCCGACGAGUUCGGCUUUCCGGGCGGCGUGGGCUCUCUGCUCGAAGGGCAGAGAUCGUACCCCGGCCUCGAAAUGGUUCUUGGAUUCAGCCAGUGGGUGGACAGCGCCAAGAUCCGUAGGCUGACGGGUUGGACUGACAGAAGGAUGCUAUUCACCGAGAAUCUGCAUGCGUAUCGCCUCGCUUACGAGGCUGCGGCGGAUCGCGGCGAUGCAGGUGUUGCCAGAAUCAAGGGGCGGGUGGCAGAUGCCCUUGCUGGAGGGAUGGACUAA